AUGACCAGGCCCAUGACAGCUCUAGGCACUCAGGCUCCCAUGAGGGUCAGGCAGCCGAUUUUGGACAUUCUGAGUCAGGAUCUCGCCACCAGCAAUCGUCCACUCGGGCACAGGGCUCCAGGCCAUCGCAGGCCAGGCAGGGACAAUCGUCAUCUGAAUUCAGGCCAGUCAGCAACCGGGGGUCCAGCAUUAGUCAGGACAGUGACAGUGAAGGACUCACAGAAGACUCCGAGAGACAGUAUGGAUCUGGCUCAGGAAACCAACAGGGAUCUGCCCGUGGCCAUGCAGGAGACAGCGCUAGACACUCUGAGUCUCAACAGAGGCACAGAACCAAUCAUGGACAGUCUCAGUCUGGUCACGGACAGUCAGACACUGGGAAAGACAAGGAAGCCGCCACGAGCAGUCAGGAGACAGAGCCAGACACGCAGGGUCACGCUCAAGGACAGCAGGCCACCCGUGGGCAUCCUGACUCUGCCCACCGAGACUCGGGAUCAAGCACUAGGGAAAGACAAGGAAGCCGCCACGAGCAGUCAGGAGACAGAACAAGACACGCAGGGUCACAUCCAAGGACAGCAGGCCACCCGUGGGCAUCCUGACUCUGCCCACCGAGACUCGGGAUCCAGCACUAGGGAAAGACAAGGAAGCCGCCACGAGCAGUCAGGAGACAGAGCCAGACACGCAGGGUCACGUCAAGGACAGCAGGCCACCCGUGGGCAUCCUGACUCUGCCCACCGAGACUCGGGAUCCAGCACUAGGGAAAGACAAGGAAGCCGCCACGAGCAGUCAGGAGACAGAGCCAGACACACAGGGUCACGCCAAGGACAGCAGGCCACCCGUGGGCAGCCUGACUCUGCCCAUGGAGACUCAGAUCUCAGCACCAUAGACAGACAAGGGCGCCACCAUCAGCAGUCACAGGACAGCUCCAGACACUCGCGAACUGGACAUGGAUCUGGUAACAGCAAACACCGGGAAUCCAGUGUCAGUCAGGCCAGCGACAGUGAAGGACAAUCACUAGACUCAGAGACUCAGUCAGGGUCAGUCCAGGAACGGUCCAGGUCCAGUCAGAGGAGACAACGUGGCAGUAGUGCACACGGCAGUUCUGAGCACUCAGCAUCUUAUUUCUACCAGGUAGCCUCCCAAGAACACUUUGAUUCUGCCCACGGACAGUCCCAAUCCAGUACCAGGGGGAGACAAGGACCCCGCCAUGACCAGGCCCAUGACAGCUCUAGGCACUCAGGCUCCCAUGAGGGUCAGGCAGCCGAUUUUGGACAUUCUGAGUCAGGAUCUCGCCACCAGCAAUCGUCCACUCGGGCACAGGGCUCCAGGCCAUCGCAGGCCAGGCAGGGACAAUCGUCAUCUGAAUUCAGGCCAGUCAGCAACCGGGGGUCCAGCAUUAGUCAGGACAGUGACAGUGAAGGACUCACAGAAGACUCCGAGAGACAGUAUGGAUCUGGCUCAGGAAACCAACAGGGAUCUGCCCGUGGCCAUGCAGGAGACAGCGCUAGACACUCUGAGUCUCAACAGAGGCACAGAACCAAUCAUGGACAGUCUCAGUCUGGUCACGGACAGUCAGACACUGGUAUUGGGAGAAGACAGGGAUCUGGUCAUGGGCACUCUCUAGAUACCUCUAGACAUCCAGGGUAUCUUCAGGAUCAGAGAGAAAAUCCUGGGCCGUCUGAUUCAGUGUUUGUUCAGUCUCAGAAUGGUAGUAGAAGUCAUGAUUCCAGCCAUGUGGAAUUCAAGGACUUCUGUGAAUAUUGAGAAGAUUCUGUGGUAUCCAAUAUAACAGAGUAAGAUGCACCCAGGAAUAUAUUGCCUUUCACAUGACAAUUCUCAAUGUUUGGGAUUUUUUCAGUCACAAAUUUUUAAUUAUGAUGAUGAUAAUCUGAUAAGAAAAUAAUCCAAAUUGUAGGAAUAUGAACCCACACAUAACUUUAAAUCAAUUAAUUUCCAAAUAUACUUCCAAAGAAUUUAUCUCAUUUAUUUUAAGUAAGUUACACUCUUUCUUUCCUUGGUGAUAGUUUCAUAUUUCUCAUAUUUAAAUCUUCAGUUAGGAUGGUGAAUGUGCAAAAUCAGUGUCAGUAGUUUUAGAAAACACAGUAUUUGGUGUUGUUAGUUUUCAAGCUUGGAUUUGUCUUUUGAGAGGUUACAUUUUAGAAUCUUUGUAGAUUAGUAUAUUAAUCUUUGUCAAAAAUAUAACAUUGUCAUUCUAGAGGCCAAAGCUGCGAUGUUAAUAUCAGGGGUCGAUCCAUAUUCCUCUACUAUUCUUUAAUGGGACUCUAUAUUAUUGUGGAUUCAUUAAAUCAAAAAACUGAAUUGCAUAAAGCUUCAAAAUAAACAAUUAAGCACAUAC